CAAGCAUCGUGCAAUCCAGACGAACAUACAGUAACUAUUAAACAAAAUCAGUCUUCUUCUAGACACCACAUAGAAUAACCGCGAUUAAAAGACAUUUUAACUAAACAGUUUUAAAACCACGAAAAAAAAGAAACACAGCAUAUUGUAACAAAUCUUUUUUUACCAAGAAAAGAGUUUACAAGGUGCAGAAAGUGUCAAAAAAUGUGGUGCAAACGGCAUUUGGUUGCCAUACUGCCUAUAAUUUUAAUCGGUUGGCUAAAUAUACAGUGUACAGAUGCUUUCGGCAUCUCUUCUUUUGGAAAAGCGAAUACAGACCCACCAAAGCCAGCUACUACUUCAGCGGCCCCGGCCCGACCAUGUUCGCGUCAAGCGGAGUGUGCUGGCAUCAGCAGCAGUUCUUGUGUGCGCACCCACUAUGAUCCUGUGACCCGCUGUCUCUGUGGGGACAAUCAGCCACCUGUGAAUGGACAGUGUGAUUCGCAGACUAAAGCUCUCUACCACGUCUGCGCGAACAGUGACGAGUGUAAUGACGGGUUGAUCUGCGGCACCCCGAACAUUACCGGCACGGCACCCUUGCACCUCAGGGUUCACGCACCCACGGACAAGAUCUGCCUCUGUGACGCUGACACUGGGUUCACUGAGAAGGAACAUACUUGUAACGAUGCCGAAAUUCUCAAGACGUCUCUGCUAGCCAUCUUCCUCGUUUCUUGCAUAAGAAAGAUCUUAACCAAUUAAUUUAUCUACCAUCACCAAUUACUUUCCUAUAAUUUUAUAAUCAUCACAUUUUUUUUAAAGAAUUGGAAAAUCCGGACUUUGAAAAUGGUAUUUAAAACGUGUAUUAGUUCUCAUCAAAAUUCUUGUCAUCGCGGAAUAAUCGCUGCGCAGAAAGCAUUUUUAUUAUAUUUCUACGGGUGAGGGAUGAGGGGUUCCCUACCUGGGAAGGGUUUUUUUUAACAACUUCAAAAAUCAUCAAAUGACCGUUCCCUAUGUGGGUUAGCAGCGGUGAGGGAGUGUCAGACUCUUACUAACUAAACACCGUCAUGUUCCGUCGUAGGCCUUUUAUGUACCAGGGCCGCGGUAACUCGCGCGAACGUUCCCGCAGCCCCGGCAAGCCGCAGCCCCAGAGACACAUUAGUUGCAAAACACCAAAAAGUUUGGAGCGAACUUAAUCCACAAUAAGAUUUUUCUAGUCCAGGAUUUUCCAAAAGUUUUCUGUAGUUUGUAAUUUCACGUGUUUAUAGAAGUAAUUUAAGUAAAGAGACAUAAUGUAAAAUUAAAUUUUACAAUAAAAAUAGCAGAUUAAGCUAAAAUUGUAUAAAUUUGCGAUUUUCUUAUUUUUUUAUUCACUCGAAACUUUAGUACAAAUACACGACGUGUUUUAGCUUUUAAAUGAAAAGAAAAAAUAAUUGCUUAGAAUUAAUAAAUAAAAAAUUAAAUAAAGAAAAUGAAUUAUUAAAUACGUCCAUUAAAAUUAAGGUUAUAAAUGUAAAUAGGAUUAAUAUUGACAUUUAAAUUAAGAAUCACUAUUUUUUUUUAACAGAAAUCACAAAAGACACGCAAGAACAGAGUAUGUAUUAAAAGAUUUCAAUGAAAAAAUGCCGCCAAUAAGAAAAAAAAAACUUAAACAUCUAUACCACAGAGCAUUAAUUUCAAAAAUGACAAAUAAAUAAAAAAAAUUGUUCAUUCUGUUAAAAACACUACGAAACAACAUAUUUCAUUUAAUUAAUAUUAGAAAGAGCAAAAGCCUUUUUAAAAAUAAAUUUAGCUCAAUGUUCGUAACUAAUUAUAAAAAGCUAAAUAAUUUUUAUUUGCACUUCAUUUGACAAAAAAUGCUCAAAUUAUUUUAUUUAUAUUUUUUUUGCACAAAAUAAAAUGGUGAAUAAAAGAAUAUCCUAAAUAACUAUCCUCUUCUAUGGUAACCCUACCUCAAGAGUUUAUUUUUAUUAAUACUAAAAAUAUAAAUAUAUUGUUUGUUUAAUUUUAAGAUAUAAAAAAUAAAAGAGUUUAUAAAAUAGUUACAAGAUUUCAUAUUUUAAUUAUAUUAAAAAAAAACAUUAAUAAUUCAUGCUAUUUUAAGAUUUUAAUGUAUUGAAAAAAUCUCAAAUUGAAACUAUGUAUUUACCUAAGUAAAAUUGAAAAUGUAGAACAAUUUUUAGAACAUAAUUAUGAAGUAAAAUGUUUGAGAUCAAAUAAAAUAAAGAAUUUAAAAAGUUAA